CCGUUAUAAACCUUCAACUUUAAAGAUAAACAAACAAAACCUAGUAGACGAUCAAAUGAUCUGUGAUCUCAUAUUUUGAUAAGUUGCUUUGCGAAGUGAAAUAAAUUUAUUGUUAGUUCAAAUAACUGUCGGAAAAUGGAUCCCGCAAGUCGACUCAUUCUUAAACAAAAUGAAAAGUCUAUCAGAGAGUUAGAUAUGUCUAAAUUACGUCCACUUUUGAUUGAGUUUAAAAUUUUUACCAACUUUAUGUUAAGUGACAUUUAUGACACUAAAUCUGAAGCCAAUUUGUUUGAUGAAUUACCUACUCGAGGACCAAAUGCCUUUUCAAAGUUUGUGAAAGUUUUAGAGAGAGCUGGCUAUACUUCUCUGGCCAAUGAAUUAAAAAAUACCCCUAAAUAUGCAGAAACACCCAAAGUGAAAUCAGUAUUUUAUUCCAUGAAAUCGAAACCUUUGGGGUACUGCGUUAUAAUAAAUAAUGUACAAUUUGACCUUCUCGAAGAAAGAAUAGGUUCAGAUGUUGAUGCCAAAGAAUUACAAAAACUUUUUAAAGAAUUUUUGGGAUUUUCUGUUGAAGUGAAGCAUAAUAUGGAAGGUAAAGACAUGAAAAGAUACCUAAAAACUUUUGCAAAGUCUGACAAACUCAAAACAGUUGAUUGCUGUUUUGUUAUUAUAUUAAGUCAUGGUGAUAAACAUGGGGUUGUCUAUGGCACUGAUAGUUAUGCUCUUCCGAAGGAUGAAAUUCACAACAUGUUUAGUAAUAUUAAUUGUGAAAAUUUAAGAAAUAAGCCUAAAGUAUUUUUAUACCAAGCAUGUCGAGGAAGUGGAGAAGAUCAUGGUAUAGAAAGUGCAGACUCGCCAAAUGAAUUGGAAUAUAAUGACUCUGUGACAAGAAAUUCAGUAACAGAAACUACGGAUGCCUUAAAGUUUAAAACGAAUACUUCUCCAGUUUUGGAUACUACAGACGCAGUGCCAUUUAAAGCAAACUUUUCUUCUUCAUUGAAAAAGGAUCCUUCAGAAAAUGAUAUUCUUAUUGUACAUUCAUCACUUCCUGAUCAUAAAGCUUACAGAGAUCAUAUACGUGGCUCUUGGUUUAUUCAAGACAUAAUUACAGUUUUUGAAGAGGAAUAUAAAUACUGUGACUUAGAAUAUAUGCUGAAAAGUGUAAGCAGGAAAAUUCAAAAACGUUUAUCUAUUAGAGGUCAAAAGAAACAAGUGCCUCAUUCUGAAAGUAAGGGAUUUAGAGCUUUGUUACAUUUAUGUAGCAAUGAGGACUACAAAGGUUGUGAUAUGGCUGCAAGAGAGUAUCUAUUCCAAUGAUAUUUAUUUGGCUUAAUUUAAACCAAUGUUUUAAAACUAUUAAUGCUUUAAAAAUUAUCUUAUAUAGCGAUGUAUACUAAAGCCCUCUAACUUGCCCCUUAAUCUAAUGAAAUUGUUUAAUAAUACAGUGGCUCUUAAUUUAUUUUAGCUAUAGAACCUUAAAUGAUUGGGCUUCUUUUGGCAGAACGCCAGUAUUAUAAAAAGUAAAAAGUUUAGCAGCCAUAAAUAUACUUUAAAAAUAAGUCUAUUAAUUAUUUUGAAAAGUUUAAUGGAAAGGUAGAAAUAUUUAAUUCUAUGAAUUUAUUCGUGGUGCCUAUGAUGAAAGUGAAUAAAAUAAGCUGAAUUAUGGUUUUCCAAAAAAAAAACCUGUUGUAAACGUUGAGAAGAAGUUAUCAGAGAAAUAUAAUUCAUUGUUUUUUAAUUUAGUUAUUUUAUUUGGAAUUGAAAAGCUUGAUUAGAAUUUAUUAUUGAAUUUUUUCUAAAUGCGUAUCCCUUUCUCAUUUUUUUUCAAUAU